AUGUUGGCUUUAGUGUCUCUUCUUUUUGCUGGCCAGGUUGCGGCAGGUGUUCUAGGGGAUGUGUCGCGGUUGGGACGAAGGGCUGAUCCUGAGGAGGCCAUGAGGAGAUACGUGGAUAAGAUUGUCGAACCGAUAGAGCGAAGGCAAACGACGACCGUGGGAAUGAAUAUCACGCAAUGGAAUGCGGAUACGACAGCACUGUGUACGGCACAAUUAGAAGCGUUAAAUGGUGUGGCAAGCAAUCCUUCAGGAAUGGCUGUUUGCUAUAACCUGCCUGCGUUGGACAACUCGACUGGAGUCUUCAUGGCGGAUCUACGACUCUACAUGAUCGCUGCGCCCACCGGAGCCUUUGCCAAUAUCGCCAGUACGAACGUUCAGGUUGGACUCUCAUAUAAUGGAGCGACUGUAUCGGCAGUUAAUUCUACGACUUUGCAAAGGCGAGCGGACGAGACGUCGUUAAUUUCGUGGCCAAGGAACGAGUUGAUCGAGACUCAGAAGCGAGCAGCGAUGAUCCCAAUGUUGAUCCAGUCAUACGCAUUUGUUGGACAGGUUAACAAGGAACUCUUGGUUGCAAACAUGGGAACUGCUGCUCUUCAAAAGGUUCUCGUUCCAACCGUCACUCUAACUGGACAAACAUCCACCGGUGCUGCUGUCAACACAUCGCUCUCCUCGGAUGAAGCGACUUUCGUGAACGGUGUCUUCGCCAAGCAGCUCGUCCCGACAAAGUCUAAAGUCGAGCCCCCGAUCCAAACCCUCGUUGUCGCAAAGGGAGAGCAAUUCAUCGUUCCUGGUCUCAAGAUCAUGAUCUUCCCCAUCGGUCUCGUUAUUACUGGUACCUGGACAAUUCUUUUCAUCGGUACCGUUGCUUACGGCACUGUUGGACGCAUGCAAUUCCGGGACCAGUUCCGUAGGAGGUCAGCACGACAACAGAAGGGUGACCUCGCCAGGAUAUGA